AAGAUGUUAUUCCUCUGGAAUAUUAUUCUAUUCUAUCAAUCAAUUCUAUAAUUAUUUUUAACUUCACCAUGACGAUUAGACUGGGCUCGCUCAUAGAUCGUAUUGAUCGAAGGGUGGCAGAAAGCCCUGUAGGCCGUUGGUUCUGCUUGGAAGGAUCGGGCGCCAAGAAGGAGCGCGCUGGAUCAAAGUUCUCUAUUGAACUGCGCGGUGGACUUGCCACGUUUUCCACCCUAUCGUACAUCAUUUCCGUGUACUCGGGCGGCCCCUGUGACUGCGAUCGUACCGUGUAUGGCGCCAAGUGUGAAGGCGACACAGCAUACAACACCUGCCUACAGUUGCUAAAAAUGGAUCUGAUCACGGCAACGUGUGCGCUGUCUUGUAUCUCUUGCGUCCUGAUGGGCGGCCUGGCCAACUUGCCCAUUGCGCUGGCGCCCGGAAUGGGUCUCAUUGCUUACUUUUCGUAUACUGUUGUUGGGUUCCAUGGAUCGGGUAACAUUUCGUACGAGAAUGCAUUGGCCGCCGUCAAGUCUCAAGACAGCUACGGAACCGGAAUUGGCAUCUACCUGGCGUUCAUCGGCUUACAGUCGUCGGCGGGAAUUGGUCUUAUCACGUCAAGCGCUUCAACUUUGGUCGAGCUCGGAGGUUACCGCACUGAAGACAACGUGUGCCUGAGCCACCAUAUGCAGGGCGGACCGACAUGGGUUGGCAUCAUGGGGCUGGUUAUUAUCUGCAUCUUGACUGUCUACAAGGUCAAGGGCGCCAUGCUCAUCGGAAUUGUCAUCGUGUCUAUCAUCUCAUGGCCGCGUGGCACCGCGAUCACAUACUUCCCCUAUACGCAGAAGGGUAACGAGGCCUUUGACUAUUUCAAAAAGGUCGUCACAUUCCACCCAAUCAAAAUGAUCACGGCCAAUUUCAAAUUCGACGUCAACAGCGGCCAGUUUUGGAUCGCUCUUAUUACGUUCCUCUAUGUCGAUAUCCUGGACUGCACGGGCACGCUAUUCUCGAUGGCUAAGUUUGGUGGGUACAUGGAUGAGCGCACGCAGGACUUUGAGGGAUCUGGUGUUGCAUUUUUGGUCGACUCAGUGUGCAUUGUUCUAAGCUCGGUGUUCGGACUUCCUCCUGUCAGCUCGUUUGUCGAGUCUGGCGCUGGUAUUGCCGAGGGCGCCAAGACGGGAAUUGCCAGCGUGAUGACAGGCUUCUGCUUUUUCAUUGCGCUGUUCUUUGCGCCCAUAUUUGCCUCGUUCCCGCCCUGGGCGACGGGCCCGGCGCUGAUUCUUGUUGGCUCGAUGAUGAUCCAAAACGUGGUCAACAUCAAUUGGAAGUACGUCGGUGAUUCUGUGCCGGCCUUCCUCACAAUCAUUCUGAUCCCCUUUGCGUACUCGAUUGGAUAUGGGCUGAUUGCAGGUAUCGGCACGUACAUUGCCAUUAACGGGUUUGUAUGGGCUGUUGCCAAGGUUUCCAGGGAUCGCAUUGUGCCGCCCAAUCGCCGCGAUAGGGAGAUAUGGACGGCGUUCAUACUUCUUCGUAUUCGUAGCGGUGACAACAACGACAUUGCGGAUGAGGGAGCCUUUCAGGACAUUGAAAUGAGGGACCAGGACCACUGCACUUCGGUACACAAUACACAAAACAAGCUGCACUGUAGAGGCUCAGUUAACGUGACCAAUGGAUCGGGCUCUGCGUAUGAACUGGGGUCUGGAUCGCACACGCGGCAAGAAACACCGGCCAAUUCUAUCAAGGAAUCACACAUGAAAACAAGAGCAAUGCCAGUCCAUAGACAAAUGUAA